UUUUAACUUUUUGUAUUAUUUAAUUUAUGUUAAACUAACCCUAAAUUGAAAUUAGAGCUCAUUGUUACAGACCUCUUAAACAAUUUUCUUCUCAAAAAUGAAGUGGGUCCCGGCAGUGCCAGUGGGUCCCACCGGCCUUGAAAAAAAUAUGACCGUUAUACCUCUAUAACCAGAAGAACCCCAAAGGGGCCACCAAACUCUCUCUCUCUCUGUGCAAUGGCAGAUUUUUCGGAACUUUCAGAUAGUAGUGAUGAGAGUGCAGUGGAAGAGCUCCUCAGUCAAGCAAUGGAUCACUCCGUUCUUGAACAGAUUGCCGCCAUUAACUGCUCUGGUUUCACUUCCGACUCUGUUCUUCCGUCUCACCUCGAGACUCGUUUCCGCAGGCUUAAGUCCUUACCAACAACCACCACAAAAUCAACGUCUCUGUCUCCCACUCUUGCCAAUCACAAGAACAACCCUUCUUCUUCAAGCUUCAAUUCACAGUUUCCCUCUGUUAAACCUAUCAAUCCCCAAUUCGAUAGCUCAGUUGAAGGCAAACCCGAGUUACACUCACUGUCUGAUGAAGACCCAAAUGAGCAACAAACAGGGUUUGAAGCCGAAAUUGAGUUCUGGGUCUGGUUCUUCUGUUUCAAAAUCGUCGAAUUCAUCUGCUGGAAAUGGGAAUUUCUCAACUUUGAAGGAAAGCCCAGAUGGGAAAAUAGGGUUUCCAGGAAAAAUAGCAAGGAAAUUGGAGUUGAUGUUGAUUGGGGGAGGAAUAGCGAGGGGUUCCUGUCGGAUUUGAAUAUUUUUUCAGCGAAAGAGCAACAGAAAAUUCUAAAGAAGGCAAUGAAGGAGGAAGAGAAAAUCAAUCGUGAAGCCGAGAAAAUUGUGAAAUGGGCGAAGCAGGGGUCUGCGAGAAUGAAUAUUUCAGACAUUGAAGAUGAGCUAAGUGACAACGAGAACCCCAAAUAAAUAUGGUUGUCAUGGCAUAACCUUGUUCAAAUUUUUAUUUUAUUUAAAUAUAAAAUAGUAUAUGGUUUUCUUGAUAUAUUAUUCUCUUUUGAUCUCUGUUAUCAAUUACAUAAUGUUGUAAAGGAUUCUAGUUGUUUCAAUAUGUUAAUACGAAGAAAUAUUUAUUUUGUUUGUGUUCA